GGGACGCGGCUGAGGUAGCGGCGGAAACGAGGACGACCCGGGGAGGAGCCGAGGCCGAGCUGCGCGGACCCCAGGCGCCCCCGGCUCCCGCCCCGCGCCCCCCGGCCCGCGUAGACAUGAGCGCCCAGCGGCCCGACGCACCCGAGGCGCAGCGGCCCGGCCCCGCGGCCCCGUGAUGGGCUCCUGCGUGUCGCGAGAUCUGUUCACAAGUGCCCACAAGGAUUGCCCUAUGCCCCAGGGCUCGGAGCUCCUGAACGCCCCUCUGCCCUCCAGCUGCCCAACGUUCCCUCCAGACCAUGUCGCUGGCAAGGACAAACAGAUGGAAUUCUGUUGGGACCCUUGGCAGAGGUGCUUCCAGACCACCAAUGGCUACCUGUCCAGCUCUAGAGCCUGCUCCAGCAACUACAGCGUGGCAGCCCUGGCCACCUCGUCCCUUGUGGGGGUGGUGCAGAGCAUCAAGGACCACAUCACGAAGCCCACGGCCAUGGCCCGGGGCCGCGUGGCCCACCUCAUCGAGUGGAAGGGCUGGAGCGCCCAGCGCGCAGACUGGGCGCUGUCCCCCACCGAGGACGAGCGCUACUGCUGCCUCCCGGACGCGCUGCGCGAGGCCCGCUUUGCCGCAGGGGUCGCCGAGCAGUUUGCCAUCACGGAGGCCACUCUGAGCGCCUGGUCCUCGCUGGACGACGAGGAACUGAACCCUGAAAACAGCCCCCCGGACGCCCUCCAGCUCCAGGACCUGGAGAGCAUCUACCUUCAGGACAGCCUUCUGAGCGGCCCCUCGCAGGAUGACAGCCUCCUGGCCUUCUCCCCUGGCCUGUCCCCCGACGGCUGGCCCUCCCCGGAGGAGCCUCCCAUGGCAGCUGCCAGUGCCCAGCCCCCCAGCCCCGUGCCACAUCGACGGCGGCUGCCGGGGGGCCCAGGGCCCGAAAGUGGGGCCCACCUGCAGGGCUCGCUGCCCUCGGUGGACAGCGGCUCCCUCUCAGAGGAGGAGGACGACGUGUUUUACAACUGAAGCCGGGCCCAGCCGGUCUCCCUGCUCCUGGCGGGGGCCCGGGUGGACGGGGGCCACCUUGGCUCUAGCAACCAGCAUCCCUCGACCCCUCGGAGACGGCACGGACUGGGUCGCUGCGGGGCUGAGGCUGGCAGCGCUUGUGGGGCUCGCUCAGCCUCUGUGGAGCCUCCCCCUGUGC